AUGUUAAAAACGUGGUCUCAGUCCGAUGUAUGUGCAUAUUUGGAUGAAAUUGGUCUAUCUGGUUAUGUUGAUAAAUUUACUGUUAGUCAUGAAGCAUGGAGGAAACAUGUGUUUCGUAAACAUGGUCCUGAACAACCGAAUAAACAUUCUCCUAAGUUGACAAACUUAUUUCGCGUUGACAAUACCUUGCCUGAUGAGUGCCUUCAUGAAACUGCUGCGCAGUCUUUCCUUGGAGAGAUUCAAAUCCAAAAUGAAACUUGUGGCAAAGAAGAGGUAUCGUCAUUUGAAAACUUGCAAAAGCUUUAUUUACAUUUUUUGUUGAAAUUACGAGGUGAAGGUAUGUUAAGUGCUAGAAUAACGCAGUUAGUUAAUACUUCAUUAGAGAACAUAAUUGAAGGUGUUGUUGAAUCCGUUUUGUAUGCAAGUGGUGUUUCACGAAGUAAUUAUGACGUUCAACAGUUAUUGGCUUUUAUCAAAAACCUUUUUCAAGACUCUUCUCCGAACGAAUACACAUUCAUGAAAAAAUGUGAAAAAGAGUUCGACUUGAUUAGGCCUGUCGAAAUGUCUCUACCAGAUGGUGGAUUUUUCUACUACAUUCCGAUUAAGGAAGUAUUGUGUCGAAUGUUGAAGAAGACAGAGUUUGUGGAAAUAUUGAAACGUGGUUUAAGAGAAAACAAGUUGUACGCCGGCAGUGGCUUGAUGUUUUCAUACAGAGACGGAAGUAUAGCUCAAAAAAGACAUAUUGACGAUAAAAUUCUAGUGCAAUUGUAUACUGAUGAAAUUACGUGUGUCUCUCCUUUGAGAGGACGUCAGACAGAAUACAAAACCAAUAUGAUCUAUUUCCGUUUAGAUGAUCUACCUCAAGAGAUGCAAGGCUUGUUGUGUAACAUUCAUCUUGUUGCUGUUGGAUAUUCUCACGACAUGCAAACAGACGAAGGUUUAAGUGCUUUUUGGGCUCCUGUUAAAAGUGAUCUUAUGUCGCUAAAUGAUGAUGGAUUAUUAGUCAAAGACGAAGUUUACAAGUUCACAUCUAGUACAGUGUGUUCAGAUAAUCUUGCUGCUCAUCGAGUUGGAGGGUUCCAAUGUAGUUUUAGCUCAGGAAGAGUGUGUCGAUAUUGUUUGAUUCCAUAUAAGGAACUUGCUAAUAUUAGCGACGAGCGUUCUUCUGUAUGUAUUCGUACUGUUGAUACUCAUAAUGAGCAUGUUCGCCAUGUUACACGAUUUCCCAAUGAUGCUUCGAUUUAUGGUGUUAAAGGGCCGUCUUGUCUUUUGGGUUUACCAGGAUUCCAUCCAAUUUCAUCUUUGCCUCCAGAUGUCAUGCAUGAUUUAAUGGAGGGCGUUAUGCCUCUCAUCACGUCUGCAAUAUUCAGCACUAUAGUUCAUGAUCGUUUGAUGACAGUGAAACAGCUAUUGGAUUUAGUUAACAAUUUCUCUUAUGGUCGUCACGAUAGAGAUAGUACGCCACCAUUAUUGAAAGACAAUCAUAUACGUGAUCAAAAAAUACCUGGUAAAGCGAUUGAAAAAUAUU